AUGGCGAGAGAGAAACAAAAUCUCAACCAAAAGCAACAAAAGAAAGUGAUGGAGAGAAACAAGAAUGCUCACAGAGGUUCUGAGCGUGUUCAAGUUUUUGGUGAUGAAGAGGCAGCAGCAGAGAUCCGUAGAAAGAAGUGGGAAUCAUCAGAUGAAGAGGAAGAAGAAGUAGAAUCCUCUGAAGAAGAAUCAUCAGAAGAAGAGGAAUCAUCUGACGAAGAGGUUGUUGCUGCUCCAAAAGAACAAGUAGUCAACCCAAAUAGACAAAACUUGAGAAACGUAACAAAGAAGUUGAGCGAUGUCAACCUCGAUCAAAAGGCAGAGCUUAGCAGACGUCAAAAGGAAGAACUUGCCAAACAACAAGCCACCGAAAGAUUUAAGGCCAAACAACAAGCUGCAGACUAUGAAAGAUUAUUAGUUAUCAGACAACAAAGAGAAGAAGCAGCCAAAAAGAGAGAAGAAGAAAAGAAAGCUUUGGAAGCAAAGGCUGCAGAAAAGAGACGACAAUAA